GCCUAUUGUGAGCUCUCACGCCUCUAUGAGCGCCGUGGAAUGCGGCUGUUUUCCCCUAUCCCGCUGCGCAAAUCUCGAAUCCAGUCAUCUGUUUGGAUCGGCAUGCUGAUCCUAGGCACUCAUAUCCUGGGCUUGAGCCGAAGUCGCAUGGGGAAAUUCACCGAUGAACGCAAGCGGGAGCUGUGGGGGCAGUUUAUCAACGUGAAUGACAAGGUCUUCAAGGAUCGAAAGAAGCUUGGUCUCAAAUUUGAUGGGUCAAUCAGCACAAGCGGGUAUUCCGCUACCAUCCACUCCAAGAAGCCAGAGCUCAAGUAUGGGCUUCAGGCCCGGAAGCGCAGCAAGGCCGAAAUGCAGGAAGAAGUCAAGCAGCUGUAUUUUGAGCACCACAUCGCGGAACUACGGGUGGCUCCAAACAUUGUCUGCAUUGAUCCGGGCAAGCGUGACCUCCUGUUCUGUCGAGACAUCGAGAAGGAGCGGCCAUUUCGAUACACAUCCAAUCAACGGGCGGUCGAGACAAAGUCUCGGUACUUUCGAAGAGACAUGACAGAGCGAAAGAUCAAUGCCGGCAUCGCUGAGUUGGAAUCACAUAUUCCGUCACACGAGAGCAUGAACAUCGAGGCGUUCUCAGCGUUCAUUGUGGAUUACGAACAUGCGGGUAUGAUGUAUCAUGCAUUGUCUUCAAAUACAUGGGCUGACAUCCAUAUCCCAGAUCCCGCCCUGGAUGAGUUUUACCAGGAUGAGAUUCACGUGGCUCGCAGAUCCAAGGCGUUCUCACUGCGGCAAAAGUCUGAGGGCAAGCUCAUCAAGAACAUGCGACGCCUGUAUGGAAAGCAUUUUUCAGUCAUCUUGGGUGAUUGGAGCAAUGCUGGAAAAACCAUGCGCUUUCAGGAAUCAUCAAAGACCAAGGGAUUCCGCACACUCUUUGCAAGAAACAGCAUCCCAUGCUACUUGCUAGAUGAGUAUCGUACGUCCUCCGUGUGCCCAGACUGCCACGGCCGUGUGAAGAAAAACAUCCGACGCCGGCUGUCAUCUCGGCCAUGGCAAGCUCGAAAGGGAAGAAUGGAAUUUGUCCAUGGAUUGGUGGGUUGCCCCAACCCCGAAUGUAUCAACCAAGACUGGACGCCAUUUGAGAUUCCUGGAAGACGACCACUACGGAUGAAAGUGCACAAUCGGGACGUCCUAAGCACCAAGAAUUUCCUCUCGAUUGUGCGUUCGGUGGUGUUUGGCGAUGGCCGCAGACCAGACGCAUUCUCCCGUAACCGGUAG